AUGGCUUACAACGCGAGUACUUCGCGCCAUGAUAUGGCCGCCCCUGGCUUCGGCCAAUCCUACGAUCCCUUCGCCGACCUUUCGCGAGAGGCGGAUGAUAUCGAUGACGCUCUAGACUUUGACGAUACGUAUGAUGGGUUGGGUGACCAGUUGGAUGAGACAGACGAUGCUUUCAAUGACGACACUUUUGGUGGUGCUCCUGGCAACGUGACACAUGCGCCAGUUGGCAAAGAUUUUGAUUUCUUUGGUCAAACUGCUAAAGUCGCGAAUGCUAUCGAGGAAGAACAUCAACGCUUCAGUCGCCAGCAACCGCCCCCGAAAUCGAUCCCGGUUGCCUCGGCACAAAGCUACAGUUCCGGAUACGCGUACCAGCCGGCACCGAAACCCCAUAGAAGUGGUUAUGAGAAAUACAAGGAGCCCGAACCUAUUUCCGACCUUCAAGUUGACGCUUCGAUAUGGGGAGUUCAGCCGAAACGCGCCACUCCGGUGGUAACAGCCCAACCUCAGCAGCAACAGCCACAAGCACCUCCGCAACCAGUAGCUAGUCGGAAGAUGAUGAGUCUAGAAGAGGUUGAAGCGGCGAUGCGAGCCCAGGCAAAGGCUCCUGCUCAGGUCCAACAGCCUCAGCAACCUCAAGCUGCCCCCAUGGUCGCCCCUGAGCCUCAGAUUCCAUACCAACAUGGUCAUUAUCCUCGUCAUGAAUCGGCAGACUACCGUCAGCAGCCACAACAAUUGGACAACAGCCGCCAGCCCCAGGGAUUUUUCCCUGUCGACAAUCACCAGGCCGCUCAGGGGACAACCCAUGGGCAUCCCAUCUCAAUCUUGCAACGCCCCGGAUCGAAGAGCAUCCCACCCACUGGUCCGAGUAUUCCUGGUCCUCCAUCUCAACAGCCCCAACCUCCUAUGGGAUUCCCAACACAGAUUCUCCAGAACCCCAAUCGUCUCCCCGGAGAGGCUGCUAGGAUUAAUGUGCCAACUCACCCGGCCCAUCGACCUCAAAACUCGUUCUCCCGUCAACCUCAAGCAAACGCAAACCAGCCCCACCUUGCGAACUUAAGCGAACAGGAGAAAUCGGUCUACCUUGAGGCUGAGGCGAGACGAGCCAAGAGAAACCACAAGAUCCACGUGCUUUCAAAAGAUAAUGGUUUGAUGACCCCUCAGGAUAAGAGCUUUAUCACUAGAAUUCAGCUUCAGCAGCUCGUUUCGGCUACAGGCGAUCCUAAUGAGCAUGGAACCGAUGCUGCUCUCGCAGAAGAUUUCUACUACCAAGUUCUUAGCUCUCUACGAGCAGGUCAACGCCCAAACCCAGACCAACCCUUGAACAACUUUGCCCAGACUUACCUUUUCCAAACCGGCACCCGCCAUGGAGGCAUGCGACGCCAGGGACGUGGCCCUGAGAAUCACAUACAACGUAUGGAACAACAGGUCCUACGUGCUGUUGAGGCUGCUAAGAGCAAGCCCAAGAACAAACAGCUAGUCAUUGAAGGUAGUCUGGGAAAGAUCUCGUUCAGCAACGCAAAGACACCUAAGCCUUUGCUCAAUAUCAAGCGAACUGAGAGUGGCACCGACGCAAAUCGUCCUGGUAGCGCACACCGUUCACACCCAACCGCGAACGGCACCGACAAGAAGGAGACAUUGCGAAGCAUUGAAAAGGUCUACCUCACUCUGAUGAAGAUGGAAGACUUGGACCGUAACAUGCCCCCACCCCCCGUUAAUGGUAGUCCCGACCCCGACUUUGAACAACGAGCUGAGCUGCAACAACAACUCCAGCAGCUAAAUGAACAGCUUUGGGGUGACCUCAAAGUUCAUGAGCCUAUUGGCGCGACAUCCAUACACCCUUUCAUUGCCUUCCUAUCCUAUCCUAAGGGCAAGAAGGCUAUCGGUCGCGUAUUCAAUCAUCUUACGCUCGAACAACAAACGACUAUUCUGACCAUGAUUGUUAUACAUCUAGACCAACUAGAUGUCGUCCGAGGUGCACAAGUCCAGACCGGGGAACCAAUUAACCUCAAUGCCGCUACUCGGGAGAGCAUUGAACUUUUUAUUGUAGCAGUUAUGCCCAGCCUUCUGCACCUUCUAAGCAAAUCCGAGCUUCACAUCGUCACUGGUGUGCUUGGAUUAAUCACCCAGAAUUUGAAUGUGGACCUUGUUGCACGCACUCGCAUUGGUGUCUCGAUGUUGACUAUGAUCCUCAGUCGGGCUGAACUUGCUAAGCAAGCCGGACAGGCGAAUGAGCAGUCCUGGCAACAAUGGGUUAACAUUUUCAACCAAUUCUUUAACGCCUUGGAGCCGACGCUCCCCAACAUCUUCCCCGGUACCGUGGCGUCUGGAGAAGAUAUUUAUGUUUGGCAGUUCCUAGCUGCUAUUGGUAUUGGUGCUAGUCUGGAAGAACAGCAACGACUCGUUCUUGCUGUGAAGGAACGCGUCAUGGAUACAUACAGUCUUUCUAAGACUCUACCCCCCGACAUGGCAAAGACGCGACUAGACAAUGUCAAUUUGUUCAUGCGAUCUAUUGGACUUGAUGUUGAGUUAUUGGAGUAA